AUGUCAUGGUUUGAACAAACAGACCACAAAAUCUAAUCCACCCUCGUGCCUAAUAUGUAAUAGCCUACCAAAUCUUUCUUUUCCACUUCUCUCUUACUACCAAGUCUUACCUUUGCAAAACAAAAAUUAAAAAAUUCCUCCGUGAACCUCUCAAAAGCCCCCGGUCGGAAUGUCGGUCGGAAAAUAUUGCCGAUGGGAUUCUCAGGUGUUUUGCUUUCUUAGUUUUAUUAUGCUACUUACUCCAACCAAAUCAGAUGAGCUUCAAAUGCUUAUGAACUUGAAGUCUGCUCUGAAGAAUUCAAAAACUGAUGUGUUCAGCUCAUGGACACGAGAAAAUUCUGUCUGCAACUUCACUGGAAUUAUUUGCAAUGAUAAUGGACUCGUUAAGGAAAUCAAUCUUCCCCAGCAACAGCUCGAGGGUUUUCUUCCUUUUGAUUCAAUAUGCUCUUUGCAAUCUCUGAAGAAGAUUUCUUUGGGAUCAAAUUCUCUUCAUGGGGGCAUCUCUGAGGAGUUGAAGAAUUGCAGAAGCUUGCAGGUCUUGGAUUUGGGUGGGAAUUUGUUUUCAGGACAUGUUCCUGAGUUGUCUAGUUUACGAGAAUUGAGGUUCCUGAGUUUAAAUGCUAGUGGAUUUUCAGGGUCAUUUCCAUGGAAUUCACUGGAAAAUCUUACCAAUCUUGAGUUUUUAAGUCUUGGAGACAAUCCAUUUGAUGGGACAAGCUCCUUCCCUGUUGAAGUUCUGAAGCUUAACAAGUUGUAUUGGCUUUAUCUCACUAACUGCAGCAUCAAAGGCCAGAUUCCAGAGGGUAUAUCAAAUCUUGCUAUGCUCCAAAAUCUUGAACUCUCUGAUAAUCAGUUAUUUGGAGAAAUUCCAGCAGGAAUUGGAAAGCUUAACAAGCUUUGGCAGCUUGAGAUUUACAAUAAUUCCUUCACCGGAAAACUUCCUGUAGGAUUCAGCAAUCUCACAAGCUUAGUAAAUUUUGAUGCUUCACAUAAUAAGCUCGAAGGUGAGAUUGGAGUGUUGAAGUUCUUGAAACAGCUUUCUUCUCUGCAACUUUUCGAAAACCAAUUCUCCGGUGAGAUUCCUGAAGAGUUUGGUGAGCUGAAGUACCUUACAGAGUUCUCUCUUUACAGGAACAAGUUCACUGGUUCACUUCCUCAAAAGCUAGGCUCUUGGGCAGACUUCCUUUACAUUGAUGUUUCAGAGAAUUUCUUGACAGGUCCUAUUCCUCCAGACAUGUGCAAGAAUGGGAAAAUGACUGAUCUUCUUAUCUUACAGAACAAGUUCACAGGCAAAAUCCCAGAUAGCUAUGCGAGUUGCAAGUCUCUGAUUCGUUUACGUGUCAAUAACAACUCACUUUCAGGACCUGUCCCUGCAGGAAUAUGGGGUUUGCCGAAUCUUAUCGUCAUGGAUCUUAGCAUUAAUCAAUUUGAAGGUCCUGUGACACCAGAUAUCGGUAAUGCAGAGUCUCUGUCAUUACUAAUUCUAGCUAACAAUCAAUUUUCUGGUGAGUUACCUGCUGCAAUUUCAGAUGCUUCAUCCUUGGUGUCAGUUCAGUUAAGUUCAAAUCAAUUUGUUGGUGCAAUCCCAGAAUCUAUUGGUAAAUUGAAGAAGCUAAACGGUCUUUAUUUGAAUGGAAACCUGUUUUCUGGUAAUAUACCAGAUUCAGUAGGUUCAUGUGUCUCUCUCACUGUUAUAAACCUUUCUGGCAAUUCAUUUUCUGGGGAAAUUCCAGAGAGUCUGGGAGAUCUUUUUACUUUGAACUCCUUGAAUUUAUCCAACAACAAACUUUCUGGCGAGAUUCCAGUUAGUUUAUCAUCUCUGAGGCUAAGCAAUCUCGAUCUAUCAAAUAACCAGCUGAUUGGUCCAAUACCUCAGUCUUUAUCCCUUGAGGUCUUUCAUGAAAGCUUUGACGGAAACCUGGGUUUAUGCAGCAACAAUCUGAGGAAUAUCCAGCCAUGUUCAUCAGCCACUUCGAACACUUCUGGUCACCUCCGAGUCCUUCUUUCUUGUUUUGCAGCUGGACUGCUUGUUUUGGUCAUUUUUGCUGGUUGUUUAUUGUUUGUGAAGCUAAGGCCGAACAAUCUCGAUCGUCCACUGAAGCCGAGUUCCUGGGAUAUGAAGUCUUUUAGAGUACUAAGUUUUAGUGAAAGAGACAUCAUUGAUUCAAUCAAAUCAGGGAAUUUGAUUGGCAAAGGAGGAUCAGGAAAUGUGUACAAAGUUGUCCUUGGCAAUGGAAAUGAACUUGCUGUGAAACACAUUUGGACUUCCAAUUCCAGUACUCAUCAGAAAAGUUUCCGGAGCAGCUCAGCCAUGCUGACUAAAAGGAACUUCAGAUCAGCAGAAUUCGACGCAGAAGUAGCCACAUUGAGUGCUGUAAGGCAUGUGAAUGUUGUGAAGCUGUACUGUAGCAUCACAAGUGAGGACAGCAAUCUCCUGGUUUAUGAGUAUCUACCUAAUGGAAGCUUGUGGGAUCAGCUUCAUUCCUGUAACAAGAUUAAGAUGGGGUGGGAGUUGAGGUAUGCAAUUGCAGUAGGAGCUGCAAGGGGAUUGGAGUACUUGCAUCAUGGAUUUGAUAGGCCUGUGAUUCACAGAGAUGUGAAGUCCAGCAAUAUUUUGUUAGAUGAGGAGUGGAAACCUAGAAUUGCUGAUUUUGGACUAGCCAAGAUUGUUCAGGCUGCUGGUGGAGGAGAGUGGAGUCAUAUCAUUGCAGGCACUCAUGGCUACAUGGCUCCUGAGUAUGCAUAUACAUGCAAGGUAAAUGAGAAGAGUGAUGUGUACAGCUUUGGAGUAGUCCUAAUGGAGUUGGUGACAGGAAAAAGGCCAGUUGAAUCAGAAUAUGGAGAGAAUAAGGACAUAGUGAACUGGGUUUGCAGCAAAAUAACAAACAGAGAGAGUGCAAUAAAUUUAGUGGAUUCAAACAUCUUAGAGAACCUGAAGGAGGACGCCAUUAAAGUUCUGAGAAUUGCUGUUCACUGCACAGCAAAAAUCCCAGCUCUAAGACCAUCAAUGAGAAUGGUGGUUCAAAUGCUGGAAGAUGCUGAUCCUCAUAAGCUGACAGAUGUAAUUGUUGUUAAGAAAGAAAGUGGAAGUAGCCCAGAUGAGAAAUUGAAGGGAGGCAGCUUAUUUGAUCUGAGCAAUUGAAAAUUUCUGAUUCUGAGAUUAGGGAUUUAGGUAAGAGAAGCUUAAGUAUCAGAAAGAACAAGGAUAUGUAUUAUCUUAGAUCUCAGCUUUUUGUAUUGUAAGUGAUGGAAAAUGAAUUUUUGCUUUGUAAAUGUAAUAUAUUUUCUCAAUAGAAGGUAACAAGCUUAGCAAUUACCAAUAUAUGUGAAUUUGUUGAGUUUAAUAA